AUGCCUUCAGCCGAUACACCCAAUAUACAACCCUUGGCGCGCUACGAUGCCACCGACCCCUCAACCACACCCGAGAAGUUGGUCGAGAUCAUCAACCGUGAUGGUGGUGUUAUCGUCGAGAAGCUUAUCACUCGCGAACUCGCGGAUUCCAUCAAGAAGGAUCUGAAGCCUUACUUCGAUGAAGAUAUCCCUGAUAAAUAUGGCUUCUUUCCACCUACAACCCAGAGAGCCUCCGGACUGCUAGCAAUCUCGGAUAAUUGCAUCGAACUCGCCUGCAACAAACUUUACACUGAUGUUGCAAAUCUCAUGGUUUCUUCGUCUUACACUUUCUGGAGGGGUGACCACCAGAAGACCGUGAGCGGGAAGCCUAUCAUCUCCUCGACCGUCGGCUUCCGAGUCAACCCGGGUGGCAAGCGUCAGGUUUUGCACCGCGACGAUAACGACUAUCAUCCUCACGAUAAGAAGUUGCCCGUGAUGAUUGGUUGCGUGACUGCGUUGACCAAGACGACGGCCGCGAAUGGUGCUACUGUGAUCAUUCCGGGGUCUCAUCUUUGGGGACCUGAGCGGCGGCCGUUUGACGAUGAAACUGUUCCCGCGGAGCUUGAGCCCGGUGAUGCGUGCAUCUUUCUAGGGAACACUUAUCAUGCGGGCGGUGGCAAUAUUACCAAGGAUGAGUACCGAGAAACGGUGGGAAUAUUUCUAUGUCAGCCAACGUUGCGUCCGGCCGAGAACCAAUUCCUUAUGGUACCGUUGGAGAAAGUGGGGAAGAUGAAGCCCCAGGCCCAGAGACUUCUUGGAUAUGGGUUGUGUGAACCAGGUGUGGGCUUCAUGAAGUACCAGGAUCCGAUGAGAGUGUUGUUUGGGGUUGAGGAUCAAGAGACCGUCGACUUUUGA